CAAGGGGAAGAGGCAUUAAACGUAGUAGGGAAGGUCAUGGGGACAUGUCUAAUAAAGGAGGAGGAGACAACCAACAGCUACCAAACACUUCUCAGGAGGAUGUUAGUGAACCAUCAACUCUUAUGUCUCAACAGAAAAGUUAUUCUUUUCCUGAUGAGGAUAAAGUUUUCGUUCGAAAAACUUUUGAUCGGGUGGGUAGUGAAAGGUUGAGUGACAGUUUGGGAAAGCAAAGAGAGAAUUUUCAAGAACAAAGUAAAUACUGAAGUGGAUUGCUGAAGUUCAUUGGGACGGUUUGAUGCGAUAUUGGAACUCUGACGAUUUUAAGAAAAUUUCAGCAAUCAACAAGAAGAAUAGAAUGUCAUCUAAUAAUGAAGAAGGUCCUUCCUUACAUACUGGAGGAUCAGUUGCAUUUGCUGAGUACAGAAGACGACAAAAGGAACUAACUGGGGAAGAUCUUCGAAGUGAUGAAUUGUAUAUGAAGACUCACAAAACAAAAAACGAAAAGAAGUGGAUAUGUAGGAAGUCAGAAAGGAUAUGGAAUUUAGUUACAAAGAAUAUUAAGGAGAAGGUUGGUGGAACUUCAACACUAAGGAAUGAAGAAGGUCUUGAAGUAGAUGAUGGAGACCUGGAGAGAAACAAGACAACAGAUGGAGAAGGGGAAGGAGAAGAAACUAGCGAAGAAAAUGAUGUGAAUUUGUUGAAAACUAUACCGGAGGAGCAACUACUGAAAACUUGGAUAGAAACAGUUGGAGGAACAAAAAAAGGAAGAAUAUAUGGUCUUGGCCUAAAAAAUUCUUUGCUGGCAGAUUCAUCGAAUGCUAACUGUGCGUCCGCUAGUGCUCCUAAUCCUCCAAAUGUGCCUACCGAACAAAUUUUUGAAACACUCUAGUUUCAACAGCUUCUUAAUCGUGUACUGGAGCAACGUAUGGCGAAUGUGCGGGAACGUAUGCAAGCGGAUAUUCGGGAAAAUAUGGAAGCUGAAGUACAUGUCGUGGUUCGUGCUGUUGUGGCUCGGAUUCUUGGUUUCACUCCUCAACCACCACCAAAUGGCUCUGGUUCUCCCCCAAACAAAUCUUAGAUGAUUUAUGCUAUUGAUUUUUUUUAUUUAAGACAUGUUUUAUUUUACUAGCUGACUUGUUCUUCAUCAUUCAAGGAUUAAUGGUACUGUGAUUAUGCUUAUUUGAAAAUUUGAAUAGAUUUAAUUAUUUGUUUUA